AUGAGGACUUCCGCUCCUGAACAACAGGCGGCGGUGCUGCUCUCCUCAACACUCUACCACAAAACAAGAAGCCAGGAGGACAUUAGUUCCCACUACAGUCUCCUGAAAACAAAGACAGGUUAUUCUGUCUUAAAGGGGUUUUAACCAAUACAAAAACGACACAUGGUUUAGUUUACUGAACUUGACAUAUUUGGCGAAUGGCCUGGGAUAAAUACAACGUUUAAAGUAGUUUUUUUUUUUACGUCUAGUGUGUUUUUGGACACAAUAAUGUCGUCUCCCGUGGAUUUCCACUCGCAGAUCGCCUCCAUCAUAGAGGUCUUGGCUAACGCGGCCGUGGCCGAGAUCUGCAAGGUUGUGGACGACGGAUAUGCUGUCGUUCAUCUCGAGGUGUCUCAGAACCAGAAGGAAAACGACUUUCUCCGCAGGAAGGUCCGACUCCUGGAGAUGCAGGUCGCUAAGUACCGGGCGGAGAGAAUGAAGGGACCCGAGGGGACAGCCCGCUUCCCUGGCUCCCGCAUUCUGGGCAGACCGCACCGUGAAGCCCUGGCAGGUUCGUUCCCCCAGGGCCGGCUUCGGGGGCUGGGCCGCUGCCAGAAGACCCCCCCCUUACCCCGGGACCAGGACCCCCACCAGCAGGUCGUGACCUCCACCAAGAUGGAGGUUGUGGAGGCGGAGCCUUUGAGGAUCGUGAAGGUGGAGGGGGCGGAGCCUAGCGAGUCAGACCACACCUCCAACAGACCAGACGCCGGCUCGGGCCCGACGCCCUUUGCUGGACCCGAGGAGCCUCGCAGCCAAUCGGAGGGGCGGGCCCUGAGUCUAGGGACCCCCUGCAGUCGGACUGAUCAUGGUGCUGCCUUUACACCUCCUGAGAACGCCAGUCCUGGAGCGCUCUGGAAAGGCCAACAUGGCGGACAGGAAGACGACCAGCAGCCAUCUUGUUCCUCUCAGAUGUUCCGGGAAGCUCCGCCCCCCGAUGGCCGCAGCCCCGGAGGCUCCAAACAGGAAGUCAUCCUGAUCGGUGCGCUUCAGGACCUGACGGAAGCCGGUGGCGGCGAUGACGUUGCGUUGCCGUGGGUACGCGGCGGUAACCGCCCCCCCGGGGACCUGCUGCUCGCGGCCGACGGCUCGUACGGCGGGCCCUUCCACCACGGCCCCCCCCGUUGGCCGGACGCCAUUGCGCCUCCCGCAGGCGCCUACCCUCCGUCGGCCCAUCACGGCACAAACCCUCCGCCGUCGGCCCGACGCCACGCGGAGGCGGGGCCAAACGGCGACCUGCGGCCCCCGCGGCGGGCUCCGGGGGGACCAGUGGGACCAGGGGGGCCCAGGGGGCCCGGGGGGCCCGAGAGGCCGCACCGGUGCCCCCAGUGCGGGAAGAGCUUCGGACAGCUGUCGGGGCUGAAGAGGCACCUGAUGGUGCACACGGGGGAGCGGCCGUUCCGCUGCGCCCACUGUGGGAAACACUUCUCCACCUCCAACAACCUGAAGGUGCACCAGAGCGUCCACACCGGGGAGAAACGCUUCCAGUGCUCCCAGUGUGGCAAGAAGUUCUCCUUUCUCAGCAACCUCAUCCGACACCAGGCCAUCCACAACGCCACCCAGAGCUCCUAGACACCACCCACAGCUCCACCUAGGCACCACUCAAGGUUCAACCUAGAAACCCCCCUGAAAACCAUCUAGAGACCCCCCCCCCCCCCCCCUGAGCUCCACCACAACACCACCAUCUAGACACCGGCUCGAAAUCCAGAAACACACAGCUGAAUGGAUUGAGACUUGUGUGUUAUGCCGCGUUUCCUCUGCAGGGUGCGGUACGGUUCGGUUCGCCUCAGUCCGGUAGGGAGGGGGCGGUAUAGCCCGGCUUAGUUCCGAGGUUGCGUUUCCACCGCCGACCGUACCCUUUAUGGUAGGCUGGAUGUCGAUCGCCGCGGCAGCUACGUAAACAUCGUAAACAACGUCUUCCUCCCCAAUAAUGCAGAGGAACGUCUCCUCCUCCUUGUUCGCCCAAGCAAGCGUUUAACGCGACAUGUUCAUUGUAAAGAAUAAUACCUCGAGGCUACUGUUUGUUUGUUUUUAUCCCCACGUCGCCCGGAAGUGACGAUUCUGUCGACCAAUCAACGGAGGGGGUAUGUAGCUCGAAUUUUCCGGCACCCUUUCAGGCGUCUCAGUACUCCAACGGAGGAGUACUGACUGAAGAUGAGGGCAAAACUAGAACGGCUCAGUCCGGGUCACGGCCACUUUUGGCGGUGGAAACGCAAUCCGUACCGCACCUUUGCGAACCGAACCGUACAGCACCCUGCAGUGGAAACGCGGCAUUAUUGGCCUCAACCAACAGGGUCCAGCCCUGACCCUUAAGAUGCCAUGGAGGACUGAUGCACGUGAGUGAAACGUUGCUGCUGUGAACUUGGCACACUGCAAUGUAAUGUUCUUACUAAUCACAGAUGACUGAAGAUGCCAGUGCCUCAAUUGGUUGUUCAGUCAAACAAUAAACCAAAUUUUAAAACCCUGUUUCUUCAAUGCGUUGCUAUAAACUAUAAACACUAAACUGGGAUAUUUCCCAGUGGGAUACACAAGCUAUGGUUUAGCAAUUUGCGUCUGCUUCACAUGCUCUCUGAUGCCACACUUCCGCAAGAUUGUUAAAUGUCAUUCUUAAAAACAUACUUAAGCGAUAACUGGACGUAUGCAAAAAAAUAAAUAAAACUUGUUUAAUAUAAUUUUCUGUUUCUGAAACGAGAAUCAACAGCUGAACCAGUCUACAAGGGAUAAAAAGUAA